CUACAGUAGACUUCCUAUGAGGAUGAUGGACUGUUUUGCUGGAUAUUGAGUCUUUUGAGUUUGAGGUGGCUAUGAUUUAAUCGCUUUGAGAUCCAUUUCACCUCAAUCAAAUACGUUUUGGCGAAAGGACGACGAAAGACCAUGGCCCAGGCUACACAGAUGAAUGUCCCCGAAAUCAACACUCCGAUAACAGUAGAACACGAUAAAAAGAAGCGACAGUUUAAUAUACGACUAAAUGGCUCUCAUGACCGUGCGGUCCUCUUGUACGAGUAUGUCGGGAAGAAGACUGUGGACCUGCAGCAUACAGAGGUUCCAGACGCCUACAGAGGGAGAGGCAUUGCCAAGCACCUGGCCAAGGCGGCCAUGGAUUUUGUGGUGGAAGAGGAUCUGAAGGCUCACCUGACCUGCUGGUACAUCCAGAAAUACGUCAAAGAGAAUCCCCAACCUCAAUACCUGGAGCACAUCCACCCCAUGUGACCCCAUGACAGAGAGGAGUGGAGAGAGACUGAGUUAGAAAGCAUGGCCUCAUGCUUUCUGUUUGGAGGACUUUGCUCUGUUUUUGGGAUGGGUGGGUGGGUGGUAAGGGAGAGGGAAACAAUACUAUAGCUAUCCCUAUCUCUACAGACAUAAAGACUCCCAGUUGGAGAGCAGUGGUAAAGGAACUGUCCGAGUGCCAUUGACUACUCGUAGCCUGUCCUCCAUGGGCAUGGACAUCCGUUUGUUUGUGUGU